CUGAUCCGAGAGAGAGAUGGCAGAAACUGCUCCAGCCCCGGCUGCUGCCGCCCCGGCCAAAGCGCCCAAGAAGAAGUCAGCUGCGAAAGCCAAGAAAGCAGGUCCAGGCGUCGGUGAGCUCAUCGUCAAAGCUGUGUCCGCAUCCAAGGAGAGGAGCGGCGUGUCCCUCGCCGCUCUGAAGAAAGCUAUCGCCGCCAGCGGCUACGACGUGGAGAAGAACAACUCUCGCGUCAAGAUCGCCAUCAAGAGCUUGGUGACUAAAGGCACUCUGGUGCAGGUCAAAGGGACCGGCGCUUCCGGCUCAUUCAAGCUCAACAAGCAGAAAGCCGAGACCAAGAAGAAGCCGGCCAAGAAAGCGGCUCCUAAAGCGAAGAAGCCCGCGGCCAAGAAACCCGCUGCUGCCAAGAAGCCCAAGAAAGCGGCGGCAAAGAAGCCCGCCGCCAAGAAAUCGCCCAAGAAGGCCAAGAAACCCGCCGCCACAGCCGCUAAGAAGGCGACCAAGAGCCCCAAGAAGGCAAAGAAGCCAGCAGCCGCUAAGAAAGCAGCCAAGAGCCCCAAAAAGGCCAAGGCGGCUAAACCUAAGGCGGCAAAGCCUAAAGCCGCCAAGCCUAAAAAGGCAGCCCCCAAAAAUAAAUAAAGUCUUUACAGUUUAUCCUCAACGGCUCUUUUAAGAGCCACCCACUAACUCAAAGAAGAGCAAAACUCUGAUGUUAAUGAUUUGAUCUACAAUUUUAAUAGUUAUGCAAGUAAAUGAUUUGAGAAAAAGCUUAAUAUUUGUUAGCAUGCGUGUUCUUGGCACAGUAUUUAAAUCACAAAAAGCAGAGGGACAUUUUACAGUGAUUAACGUGAGAAAACGCUUAACAUGGCUUAAUACUUAGUUUUAAAAACUUAAAUUCAGUAUAUACACCUGCAAGAGGACGAGCCCUGAGAUAAUGGUGGGCCUUGUUUACCCUUCCAGGUGGAUGUGAAAAAAAGCUCGUUUCACAGAAAAGGCUUAAACUAGUCAAAUCAAAAUGUAUGUUUGAGCUUUUUUAAUUGAAAGUGACUUGUACUGACAUGUCUUAUAAUAUGUCAGCGCCAUGCACACCAGUAAUAUUUUUUUCUCUCUCUAGUGAACAUUUAUAAAAGCUUAUUUAAACUAAGGCCGAAUCCUGGUUUAGUCUAAACUCUUGUAUGUGAAACCGGGCCUUAAUCUUGGUGAAGUAAAUUAUUUGUAAAGCUUGUUAAAAUGUUGUUUCACCACUUUAGUUCAACUGACAAUGUUUUACACAUGCUAACUGUCUACUUAGAAAUGCCGUAAACUACAAUAGAGGUUAUAAAUAUUUAUUUAU